AUUAAAGUCUCAUCGAGGCUUUUCUGCCUUCAGCUGCACUUCUUCAGCCCAGCUAUGAAGUACACGCAGGUAUUUCUCCUGGUCUGUUUCCUGACUGCCCAAUGUUGUAUUCGGGCUAGUGGUGAUGAGACUUCAGAAAAUGAUAGUGGCUAUGACACGGAGAACUGCAUUGAAAUCACGCUCCCGAACAUUUUGCAGCUCGGUGAGUGCCUUGGAGAUAACCUACACGUCUGCAAGGGAGAAAAGACUCUCACUGAGGGCGUCUUGUCUCUGGCAAACUGCACGGUCAGUGGCGUAGUGAAGAACCUGAGUCCCGUGAGAGCCUUACUCACCAUCAGAGAUCUGCUAGUUGCCCUCCUCGGAAAACUUAUACCACCACUUGGCACCUUUCUGAACUCAAUUGAAUUCUUCGGUCUACUUUCAAGCAACAACAUUGAGGACAAUGUCUGUCACGGAGAAGUAAAAAUUACAGUUCCCAAUAGCCUCGGUAAAUGCGUCGACGAUACACUCAAGCUAUGUAAAGAAGGAGAGACGAUUGACAUUUCUCUUGUAGAAUCCCUUGGUAAAACUGUCGGGUGCCUCGUCAAAGACCUGCUCACCAACGCGCCACAGGAUACAGUUAGCGGUCUUCUGUGUGACGUCGCAAGACUUUUGUCAUCCGUUCUGGGACAAGUUCCCGGCGGUGGCCUUCUGAGCAAAUCGGUAGAGAACAUCUGCAAGUCUAAUUAACUACUGCAAGCCGCGAUGUCAAGGUGGCCCGCUUCAACGUGUUAUACGAAGUUGUUUGCCAAUAAAAAUUACCAACAAACCUA